AUGAAGGUUUCAAACGCCAUUCUUCUGGCCGUACUGGCUGUAGAAGCCUCUGCUAGGGUUUCCAAUACUGCGUAUAACAAGUGGCACCAGACCGAGCUUGAGCGAUGGCUAUCCGACCACAACAUCCCCUACCCCGCUGCCUCAGACCGAAAGGACCUCCAAAACAUUGUGGAAAAGAACUGGGAUAACCAUGUCUCCAAGGGUCAGGAGAUCGAGCGUGAUGUCAAGGCUAACAAGGACACGCUCCUGAACCGCGUCAAGUCGACGUGGUACGAGACCGAAGACAAUGCCCAGAACGCCUGGAGCAAUGUCAAGGACUGGAUCUUCGACAGCUGGAGCGAGAGCCAGCUCAAGGCUUUCUGCGAUAAGCACGACAUUCCUGUGCCCCAACCCCGUACGCAUGACGUCAUGCUCCAGAAAGUUCGCUCCAACUACGAGACCGUUGCCCAGAAGGCUGGCGAAACAUCUGCUUAUCCCGGUGACUGGCUCUACAACACCUGGUCCACCUCUGAUCUGAAGAAGUGGCUGGAUGAGCGUGGGGUUUCCGUGCCUCAGCCCAAGAACCGCGACAAACUCGUCGCUGCUGUCCGACGAAAUGCUCGUAUCGCGUAUCUCAAGGAGCAGGAUGCCACCUCCACCGCCUCCGAGGCCAUUCAGUCCGCUUUCGCCAGCGUCUCCGACAAAGUUCUCGACACAUGGUCCGAGUCACAGCUCAAGAAGUUCUGCGAUGAGAACGCCAUCACAGUUCCCCAAGGAACCAAGGCUAAUGAGCUCCGUGCUCUCAUCCGCAAGCAUCGCGCUCGCGUCCUCGGCGAAGAUACCGCCGGAAAGUUCGGUGCCGCCACAUCUAGCGCCGGUAACCAAUUCGCCAAGGCGACCGAUAGUGCCGCCUUGAUGAUCCAAGACGCCUUCGACAAGGCGACCGGCACAUGGUCCCAGAGCCGUUUGAAGUCGUACCUUGAUGCCCGCGGCAUCCCUGUUCCCCAGAAUUCCAACGUCGACGAGCUUCGUGCCCUUGUCCGAAAGAACGCUCAUAUCGCUGCCGGGGGAUGGACCUUUGACGAUUGGUCCAUCGAGAACCUAAAGAACUACCUUUUGUCCAGCGGCGACGCUGCCGCCAAGGCUACCGCCGAAAAGGCUACUUCCACCCGAGACGAGCUCCUGACCGCUGCUCAGUCCGCCUAUGACUCCGCUUCUGCUGCCGGCGGCGCCCAGUGGAGCUCUGCCACCAGCUACCUUGCCCAGGCCACCGCUACUGCUAAGGCCAACGCUUUCGACACCUGGAGCGAGAGCGAUCUCAAGCCUUACCUCGAGAGCUACGGCAUUCCUGUCCCACAAGGGUCUACCUUGGACCAACUUCGUGCUGAGGCCCGUAAACAGUUUACCUACUACCGCUAUGGCACAAGCAGCCCCAGCGGUACCAUCCUCGCCAAGCUAGGAGAGAGCUUCCGAACCACCUGGGACUGGGUUGCCAAGCAGAUCAGCAAGGGCACCCAGGCAGCUGGGGAUGCCGCUGAAGAGCUAAGGCAGGAGCUGUAA